AUGGUGUUGAUACGUACCGACGAGGUCUACAUCUCGCAACGAGAAGUGCAAUGCAAGGUGCCAGUGGAUCUGCCGCCAGCAGACCACGCAGUUCAGCUCUUCUUCACACAAGGAGGCUCCACCUUCGAGGCUCGAUACGGCAUACCGCCGGGAAAGCCAUGGCUGAAUCUGACGGUGAUCCCCAUCUUCUCAAUGUACGAUCCAUACCCAGCCUGGGCCCCCGCGAUCGGGAUGUGGCAGAUUUCGAUCCCGGGAAGCCGCUAUCUGCCAAUGCCGAGUGAGAAGUACAUGUGCAAGUUCGGCGCGGCUCCAGCGACGGAAGCCGUCCGCAUCUCGCUCACUGAGGUUCUCUGCCAGUCGGCCGUGCACCGCCCGGGUGAAGCGGCGUUGCGCCUGGCCUUCCCCGAGUUGAUCAGGACGCGAAGUGGGGGACACCAGAAGCCCUUCCAGUUCGUCAACGAGCCGAUCAUUUUGCAGGCGACACCGACGACACUUUACGCCUACAAGACAGGUCAGAUGCUGCAAAUCGAAGGGCAACAUUUCGCUCCCUUCCUCCCGGCCGUGGGCAAGGCUCGCCUCCGAUGUCGCUUUGGCGGCACCAGCCGGGAAGGAACCGGCGCAAUCAUCACGGAUGCAAUGCUGAUCAGCCGGCCUCACGCAGAUGGCAACGAGCGGCUGGAAUGCGAAGUUCCAGCACAGGAUCCAGGAUCCACUUCCGUGCACCUCGUCGUGGAUGGCCUCACAGAGCUCCUCGUCACCAGCUCCCUGCACUUCUUCGUCGCCCCCUCCGCGAUCCGCGUCUCGCCGCGCGUCUUCGUCGAGGGCACCGAGCUCCUGGCCUCGGUCCAAGGAUAUCAUCUGGAAGAAGUGCGACAGCAAAGGCUGCAAUGCCGGUUCUGGGCAAAGACCUCGGAGGCUCCUUUUGAUUGGCUCCAUGCACACCUCAGCCGAUGGCUGGAGCUCUUUGGGCGCGUCAAACGACUGGCUUGCUUCCCCGUCGGUCUCAACGAGAGCGAGAUGGAAAACAACACUGGUCUGGAAGACACCAGUGACUCUGCGAUGCUGAGGCGGUUGUCGAGCUUCGCAGCAGAUGAUUCAGACAUGCCUAAUGCCUCCGAAGACAGUGAUAUCAUGGCAAGCGACAACAUGUCGGAAGACAACAUGUCGGAGGAAGACAACAUGACUGACGAUGAAGAAGGCGAAGAGGCCGAAAACGAAAGCAAUGACAGCAACGUGAGCAGCGGUCACGCCUGGUGGUAUUGGCAGCCAGGCAUGGACCACAGCUUGGAGGGAUGGUAUGCCAUUGACCUUCUGAAGGAGUGCCCGUCAGGCCCCCCGCUGCGAACUGCGGCCGAGGCGGUGGUGUGCCCUGAGGCCAUCCUGGAACAUCUGGAGAGGUUCCUGCGAGCGACUCUCGUCCUCGGUAUCGAAGAGGACUAUCGCGGUUGGUGCCCGACGGACAUGAACCUGUCCGUGAACGAGAGCGAGAUGGACAAUGCAUCCGCGACUGAGUUGAACUUCCUCGGAGAAGAGGAGCGACUUCGAGACCAGCUGGAUCGGAUCAGGCGCACGCAGCUGGGCUACGGCAGCACCGUGCACUUCGACGGGCCUGCCUGGGUGUCGGAAGAGGGCCACCAUGCCAGCUGCCAGGUUCCCAAGAUCGACGAUUUCUUCCUGGCCAUGGCCCGGGCUUCGCUGAAUUACAGCGCCAUCAUCCAGAGAGAGUUCCAGCAAGUCCUGCUCGAAGCGGCCGCGCUUUCCUGGGGCCUUUGUUCGCAGACGAGCCGCUGCGACAGGUUUGCCAGGCGGCACUUCACCGUCGGGCACCCGUGGGUAAGGAUUCCGGGAGUAGCAGCAGGAGUUAUCAUGCUGGAAGUCAUCAUCGCCAUCACAGCUGGCUUCCUCGUGUCGGACACGGGGAUCUCGUUCGACCACGAGGCCUAG